AUGUUGUCAGCGGUUCUUGGCUUGCUGUUGGGAUGCCUGGCAAUGUCCAGUGCACAAGUGCCAAAAGAAGAGUACGCGGUCCUAUGUCUGAAUAACUUCAACGAUGAGUGGAAGUACGUGGCCCCUGGCUCGGGAUGCAAGAGGUUCAUCAAUUGCUAUGGUCAGGAUUACCAUGGAAUGCUUCAGUGUCCCGAGACGACUCUCUUCAAUGAAAACACCCAGGCGUGUGAAUACCUACUAGAUUUCAACUGUCAGGUAGCCCUCAACGAAAACCCAGACUCUUCCCCUUCCCUUCUCUCCAGUAAUUCACGCUCAGCAACCAUGGUGUCUAGUGCACAAGUGCAAGAUGAAAAUUACGCGGUCCUAUGUCUGAAUAACUUCAACGAUGAGUGGAAGUACGCGGCCCCUGGCUCGGGAUGCAAGAGGUUCAUCAAUUGUUAUGGUCAGGAUUACCAUGGAAUGCUUCCGUGUCCCGAGACGACUCUCUUCAAUGAAAACACCCAGAGGUGUGAAUACCCAAUAUAUUUCAACUGUCAGGAACCCUUCAACGAAAACCCAGACUGUGUGACCGGCGUGGAUUCCUACAAUUGCUCAGCCUUCACAUACUGCCAUCUUAACACCCAGUACAACUUCUGCUGCAACCAAGACCUCUACUACUCUCAGAGCAAACUCACCUGUGUGUACGCCGAGGAUUUGACAGAAUAUGACAAACUCAGAUGCAACUUCCGCAACGGACAAUAGGAUUCAGCACAAGCAAUGUAUUCUCUGAACUUCAAAUAAAGCCAUUCAGACAAUUA